UCGAUGCAAUUGAAAGUAGUAGGGGUAAAAUGAUAUCGAUCCAAAGUACAAGGGGGAAAGUGGAAUUUACCUAAUCUAUUUAAUCCUAAAUUAACGCAGCAAACGACCCCACCACUGCGCACACGUACACACCGCACCACACCACACCACACCACACCAUUACUUUGCAAACCCAUUUUCGUCUUCUCCGGCUAUCAGGGAGGAAAAUGAUUUCGGGUUCCUGAGUUCUCGCCGCCAUUUUCUCGAGUCACCAAAUUCGAUUAACUGUAUAUAUCCACGGUUAAGCGGCGGCGGUGGUGUUGUGUGUGCGGAGGUGGUGGUUGAGAACUGAUGGUUAAUACAAACCUAGAAAUUCGUCUGUAGAUUUGUGAUUUCAUUGAUACUCAAAUUUUUCUUUUUUCGUUUUUGUUUCUGUCUAACAAUUGCUCUAGGUUUUUGCCCAAAAUUUCAAAGAUCGAUGGGUGGUAAACGAGUCAGAAUUGAUUCCAAUUCUCCAGCGAAGAAGUGUGCUAAGAUAUACCUCGGUGAUGAUGAUCGGAUAAGUGAGUUACCUGAUGAUAUUCUCGUCGAUAUCAUAUCGUACCUAUCUCUGAAGGAAGCUGCAUGCACUAGCGUUCUCUCGUCUCGCUGGCUAAACUUAUGGAAACACACCCACUCUCUCAAUUUCGAAGCAGGAAGUGGUAUAGACAAGGUAGCCAUGCAACUAAGAAACGAGCGUAAGGGGGAGAGGCUAAAAUACAUAGCAUGGGUAAACCACAUUCUGCAAUCACAUGAAUCCGCCACAUUGAAAGAGUUCAGAAUCUGUUUCGAUCUGAGCAAAUCGUCUCAGAAGGCGAUAACCAAGUGGCUCGCGUACGCGUUUUCCAGACAAGUUCAAAGGGUGGAGGUUGACCUCUCGUCGAACCUCGACAACCGUCGCGCUCGCCCCUUACGUUAUUCUUUCCCCAAAGAGUUACUUGAUCAAAACAACCGCGGCGUUGUAUCUUCGAAUUUCAAGUCUCUCAAAGCAUUGUCUUUGAAUCGGGUUAACGUGAGUAGCGAAGCGAUCGAGUUCUUCCUACGUAACUGCCCUUUGCUCGAGCAAUUGACGGUCCAUAACGAGAAAGAACUAUCGAAUCUUGAAGUUUGGGGUUCGUCCCUCGUGCUGAAACACUUGGAGAUCACCGACUGCGAUAAACUGAGAUCCCUUAAGGUUUCGGCGCCUAAUCUUACUUCGUUUAAGUUUUCGAUGUUAUGGGGAGAAGUCUUACUUGAGAAUGUCCCAAUGCUUGUUGACGUAUCUGUUAGCGGUGCUUAUAGUAUAUAUUCUGAUAAGAAGUUACUUCAUACUCUUUCUUGCUGCAUUUUCCAAUUGGAGAUUCUUACCUUGCUGUUAGGCAGGCCGGAGGAAAUAAUUCAACUCGCCGAGUUCCCUCAAAUGCCUAAAUUGAAGAAGCUGGUCAUACAAUGUGACUCGUUGCAUGAUCGGAGUAUUAUUGCACUGACUUCUUUCAUAUCAGCAUGUCCUUACCUAGAGGAAUUUGUUCUAAAGUUGUGCGCGUAUGUGCGUAAGAGUUUAGUUGGACAAAUUGACAAAACUAAAAAGUUUCCUCACCAGCACCUUAAAGUCGUCAAGUUUUGUGGCUUUUACAGUCGAUCAAGUGAUGUUGAAUUGGUCGAGUAUUUUAUAGACAACUGUGUUGUGCUUGAGAAGGUAAUUGUUGAUUGCUCCUAUGAAUCAUACUUUGCCGAUGACCCAGUUACCCCAUUCAGAUUAUCCGUGGAACAGUUUACAAGGGAUGAGGUGAAGCAACACCUUGAAGCAAAAGUACGUCGUCACAUUGAAUUGGUUAUUCUUUAAAACCUAAGUACUCUAAUUUUUUUUUUCUCGGUAAUUAUGAAUUCUUAAACUAAGACUAGUUUCUCGUGAUUUCUUAAUUGUUAUGGUAGAUGUUAUCGGAAAGUGAAAGCAGGGUCUAUUAUUUUUCUUACUUAAGUUGGGAAAUGAAUUGGGAUUUUUAUAAUAUAUUGCCCUUUAAUUUUGUUUU